AUGCGUCGGAUAUCGCUUUUAUUGGUGGUAUACGAAAUAUUCGACUGGGUGAUAACUUUAACAUCAUUCGGAUUUUUCGCUCCUUCUUUUGUUUUCAAUUCAACGCAAAUUAUUUCUACAAUCACUUUCGAAGAACAAUAUCAUUUUACUACCUCACCAUUCGAUUUUUUUAUUCUACUUCUGAUUCGACAACUUCUUAUUUUUGUUGCUGUCAUUCUUCAAAUCUUCAAUAAUGAUCAAGCAGUCAAAAAAUUGUUUAUAAUCGUUUCAUUCAGUUCAAUUUUCACCUAUUCAUUUUCACUCGUCAAAUUCCUGGCGUUCAGUGAAGAUACUGAAUUCUUAUAUUAUCCUGGAGUUUGGAGUUCAGUUGGAUGGGCUUUGAUUUCAUCAACAAGUCUUGUUGGAUUAUGGUAUUUCAUAUUAUCGAAUAAUCAAUUCAAUUAUCAAAGGUUGAUCAACAAUGUUACACCCGAAUAUUCUUCUGAAUCUGAAAAUUCGAAUUCGAAUUCUGAAAAUGUUGAAAACGGAACAUCAACUCCUCCACGAGUUCCAUUACAUAAACAUCUAAUGAAACUAUUUUCAUAUUGUGGACAACAAUGGCAAUGGUUCCUAUUAGGAUUUAUCUUUUUGAAUAUUUAUGCAGUCGGUAAGAUUUUCUUUUUUGAAUAUCUAUUCUCAAAAAAAUGUCAUAUUUCAGCCAGAGUAUUUAUCCCAAGUUAUACUGCUCAAGUUAUUGCUGAUAUUGUGAAUAAACGAGGAUUAUCUGCAUUGAUUCAUUCGGUAUUGGUUUUAUGUGUUUUAACUGGAACAAGGUUUGAUAAUUAUUUAUUUUUGUAUUUAUUUUUAACAGGAGUUGUUUUCAGUUCAUUUUUCGGUGGACUUCGUGGAGGAAGUUUUGAUUAUGCGACUGCAUUGGUUAGCAAUCGAGUUCGACUUGAUCUUUUCACAUCUUUGGUGAAUCAAGAUAUUUCAUUUUUUGAUACUACAAAAACUGGAGAAACAAUGUCGAGAUUAACAUCGGAUUGUCAAACGAUUUCUUCAACUGUUUCAACAAAUGUCAAUGUUUUCUUGAGAAAUGGAGUUAUGUUAAUCGGAGCAUUGGUUUUCAUGUUUGUUAUGUCUUGGAGAUUGGCUAUGGUCACUUUUAUUGCUGUUCCAUUUGUAGCAUUUAUCACAAAAGUUUACAGCAGUUUUUAUGAUUUAAGAAUUUAUUUUGUUUUAUUUUCGAUAUUUCAUUUUUUUCGAAAAUUUUCAGAAAAUAUCGGAAAAAUUACAAGAAACUAUUGCAAAUGCGAAUCAAAUGGCUGAAGAAAUUCUAUCAACAAUGAGAACUGUUCGAAGUUUUGCAUGUGAAAAACGAGAAGUCAACAGAUUCCACAAUCAUUUGGAUAGUACAUUGAGUGUUAACAGAAAAAGAGCAAUUGCUUAUAUGGGAUACACGUGGAAUAAUGAGUUUUGUGAUAACGCGAUUCUUGUAGCCGUUUUGUUUUAUGGUGGACAUUUGGUUAUGACUGACAAAAUGGCCAAAGAAGAGUUGAUCACAUUUUUGUUGUAUCAAAUGCAGUUGGGUGAAAAUUUAUAUGUGAGUUCAAAUUAUUUUUCUCAUUUUCACUAACAAAUAUUCAGAAUUUGUCCUAUGUCAUUUCCGGAUUGAUGGAAGCAGUUGGAGCAUCAAGAAAAGUAUUCGAAUUAAUGAAUCGUCAACCACAAUUCGCUUUGGAUGGUUUAGAAAAACCAAUUGUUAAUGGAAACAUUCGAUUUGAAAAUGUUUCAUUUAAUUAUCCCUCCAGACCCAAUAAUCCAGUUCUCAAAGAUUUGACACUAAAUAUAAAUGCUGGAGAAACUGUUGCACUUGUUGGACCAAGUGGAGGUGGAAAAUCAUCGAUUGUUUCGCUUAUUGAACAUUUCUAUGAGCCGAACAGCGGUAAAAUUACUCUUGAUAAUAUUGAAGUUCGAGAUAUCAAUCAUGUAUAUUAUCAUCAAAAGAUUGCUCUCGUUGCUCAAGAGCCAAUUUUAUAUGAAGGAUCUGUUCGUCAUAAUAUUCUUUAUGGAUGCGAUUUUGCAACUGAAGAUGAUAUGUUGAAAGCUGCUGAAAUGGCAAAUGUUCAUGAAUUUGUGAAAGAUUUAGAGAAAGGAUAUGACACAAAUUGUGGAGAAAAGGGAGUACAAAUGAGUGGAGGACAAAAACAACGAAUUGCUAUUGCAAGAGCAUUGGUUAGAAAUCCAGCUGUUUUGAUUUUGGAUGAAGCAACGAGUGCUUUAGAUGCCGAAUCUGAAGCUUUAGUGCAACAGGCUUUGAAUAGGUUCGUAAUUUUUUUAUUCCUGAUCAUGAAAAAAUAUUUUCAGAUGUGCAAAAGAGCGUACUGUUCUCAUCAUUGCUCACCGCCUUUCAACCAUCGAAAAAGCGGAUAAAAUUGCUGUUAUCAGCAAAGGAACACUUGUUCAAACUGGGUCUCAUCGCGAAUUGAUGAAUGAUCAAGAAGGUCUUUAUUAUUCUCUUGUAUCUCGUCAAAUUCUCAACGCCAAAGUUGAUGGAGACGAUGCGAUGUAG